CAGCUUGUGAUUUUCUGCAAAUGACGUAGGUUAUUUACGAGAAUAAUUUCUUUGAACAAAACCGUGGAUUCCUUUUUUUUAUAGCGUUUGGAAUUGAUUUUUUUUUUUUAAGAUUUUGUGUGUGCAGUUAUUUCAUAAACGCUUUACUAGUCCUGUACUAAAGAUUUAAACUGAUGAUCUAUCAUCCGGAAAAAGUGUAAUCCGGAAUCGCCGAAGUCCCAACGAGUCCGGAUUAACGACUUUUGACUGUAUGUUGCAUUUCUUGAAGAAACUGAAAGUGAAAUAAGUUAUUAUGAUGAGACCCUGUGAUGGCAAGUCGGGGUGGAGCUCAAAGACCUAAUAAUUCGUCACAAGGCAAAAUUUGUCAGUUCAAGCUUGUGUUGCUUGGCGAAUCAGCUGUAGGCAAAUCUAGCUUAGUCUUAAGAUUUGUAAAGGGGCAGUUUCAUGAAUAUCAAGAAAGUACAAUUGGUGCUGCAUUCCUGACACAAACUGUGUGCUUGGAUGACACUACAGUGAAAUUUGAAAUUUGGGACACUGCAGGUCAGGAAAGGUAUCAUAGCUUGGCUCCUAUGUAUUAUAGAGGAGCUCAGGCUGCUAUUGUUGUAUAUGACAUAACUAAUCAGGAUACUUUUAGCAGGGCUAAAACUUGGGUUAAAGAACUUCAGCGUCAGGCAAGUCCAAAUAUUGUCAUUGCAUUAGCUGGUAAUAAAGCUGAUCUAGCAGCAAAAAGGGCAGUUGAACAUGAGGAAGCUCAGGCGUAUGCUGAUGAAAACGGACUACUUUUUAUGGAAACUUCUGCAAAAACAGCCAUGAAUGUCAACGACAUUUUCCUUGCUAUUGCAAAGAAAUUACCUAAAAAUGACCAAACUUCAGGUAAUGGAGGUGCAAGUGAUGGAAGGAGAGGUGUAGACCUGAGUGAGAAUCAACAGCAGUCUGGCGGAGGAUGCUGCAAAUCAUAGGCUGGUCUGAAAUUUUGGCAGCAAUCCAACAACCAUUCUCCUCAUUUUGAAAAAUUCAAAAGUAAUGUACAUUGGACAAUUUGUAUAUAUAUAACACUUAUCUGAAGUUUUUUGGCCAUUGACAAAAUGUUCUAAAGGUAUACUGAGACUGAUUCUUUCAUAGCAUCUUGUGUGUUGUCAUGUUCUUAUUCUAGAAAAUAGCAAAAAGAACAAUGAGGAACAUGUCCACACACCUCUAUGUGAGUAAAUGAAAGUCCUGUAAUCUCAGUUGGCCAGCAUGAAUGAUUUUUUUUAAAGUGGAAUUGUCAAGUUAAACUGCUGAGCAAUGUUAUAUAGUGUUGUGGAAAAUUUUGCUGAUAUUUAUGUUAUAAAUAUAUUUUGAUUUGACUAGUUACUUUUUGCAAAAGGAGAAAAAUUUUUUACUAUCAGUUACACUGUAUGUGACGAAUGGGGUGUAGUUGCAUGUCACCUGAAAAAUUCAUGUCAUAAUGCUAUUAUAAAAUUAAAUAUUUCAGAAUAUAAAUCAUUAUAUGAGGGCAUUGUUUUCUUAAGUAGACCCUGAAUGUCUGUAUUAUGUCUAUAUUGUUAUUUUGUUAUAUUACUAUAAAAUUAUACUAAUAACAUUAUUUGUAUUCUAUUUGGCACUGAAAAAGAAUAUUUAAAAAUAUAUAUCUAAUUGAUCUGUAUGGAAUUGUUUUGUUGGAAAAAAUAUUGCCUAUUUUAUAUGUAUCCAGUAUUCAUUUGGCUGGUUCAAAUAUGCAAUCAUAGUAUUCUAUAUUUACAAGAGUAAUAAAAAAUUUAGUAUAAUUCAUGCCUUGUAUGGUCACUUUCCUGUUAAAAUAAAAAUGUGAAGCUUUUGUUUCUCAAGACAUUCCAUAGAUUUUUCAUGCAAGUUUAAAAAAUGUGUGUUGCAUUUUGAAGCAUGCUAUGCAAUUCAUGAUGUAACUCAGUAAAGGCUCAUUUAAAAAAAACUCAAAAAGACAUUUCUCUCUUUUCAUUAAUAUACAUUAAGAUUUUUAAUUUGUAUUUAAGUGCAGAACAUCUGAAAAUCAUUUUAGUAAUUUUUGUUUUAAACGAUAACAGUUCACCACUUUUAGAUUAUUCUAAAUACUCACAAUUAUAAAUAUGCUGUAAACUCAUUUUUGAUAUAAAAGGGGAUGAUGCCCUGUGUUUUAUUUUCUUUAGUGGACCAUUUUUUAAUAUGGACAAAUAUCUUUGAAAUAGUUAGUAGGGCUAGUUUUUCAACAAUUAGCAGUUAUGCAAAGUUUAUUAGCUUUGCGAGAGAAAACCAGUUAAAAAAAAAAAAAAAAUCUAUUCGACUUAAAUUUGUAAUCAUCUAAAUUUAUCCCUUUGAUUCUUGCAUUUGUGAAUUAUUUUUCACUAUAGCUACUUAUUAAAUUAUUUGGAUUAUGCUAAUCAAAAUGUUUUGGGUUUUAUUUAUGUACCUCUCUUCAUGUUGUAUGGAAUUAUUAAAGUUAUAAAAUAUUUGCA